AUGGGAAAUUGCUGUACGACGUAUGAUCCUCAAUCAGAAACUUAACUAGAGCUAAACAAGAUAUCUCACUCCAAUCUUCACAUGAGAAAGUUCAAGUCCUAAGAUCAAAGAAGCAGAACUAACGCUCCAGGAGGGCUAUUUGAAAACGAAGAUGGCAUGGAAGAUCGCGACAGUAUAAGUCCGCUCUAUCAGCUGCAAUCGCCACAGGUGCAGUAGUAAAUAUUCAUGCAUAAUACAAGCAGUGCUGAUGAGUCUAAUCACUAUCAGUGGAGAAUGAAUAGAGAUAGUAUGUACUCUGGGACUGCAACGCUGCAAUUGAAAUAGAUAAACUCUGUAGAUUAAUCAUUGAAUACCUCUAGCAUCCAUUUAGGCAAGGAGAAAGGCCCUCAGACCUAGAAAAACAACAUUAAAUAUAACAGCAGGUUGAGGCAAUAGGCCUAGACAAUGUACCGUGAAAAUAACUCAGUGUUGAAGCAAUUCGACUCAACAACAUAAAACAAGCAGCGAAACCAGUCGUUAGACUCAGAUCUGAAUGAUUUAUUAUUUGGAGUGAGCAAUGUAUCUGAUCGGAGGUUCGAUAACUCUCCUGGAAGAAAAGACAAACUGCAGCAGACUCAAGUCCUAAAUAGUAAUAGCAAUGUGAACAGCCAGAAGAAUGCUACUCGCCUGCAUGGCAGAGAUAGGAACAGGGUAUAGUCUCUCUAUGAAGACACUUAGAGAGACGAAAAUGCUGAUCUUUAAUUAAAGAACUUGCUAUUCAUUUAAAUUCUAAUAUUCUGUAUUCAGUUCUAUUUCUGA